UUCCGCCACCUGAUCUGCCAAAACUUUGAAACCGUUGUCAAUGUUCUUCUUGUCUUUGCAUGCUGAUCGUGGAGUGCGAAAGAAAACCGAAUCACAAUGACUUCGUUUGUUUUCCUACUGUUGAUUGGAGUAUCCACCAGAAUGUGUCAGUCAUCCGUUUGCUCUGCGCAGUGUAAUUACGACCACAUGAGUGGACGGGCUGACUGCUCAUCCCGCAAUCUGGACUGCAUCCCUGUCAACUACCCAGACUCCCUCGUUAUGGAUCUCAGCCACAACAAUAUAUCCGUGCUGGAAUCUGGCGACUUCGACGGUAACAACAGGUUCAACAGGCUGGUGGAGUUACACCUUGAUUACAACAACAUAGCUGACCCAGAUUGGGCCGAAAGUCUUCAGAUCCUAUACGCUGAUGACAACAUGUUAGCCAACCUGUCCUCUACAACCCUGCGAGGAUUCGUGAGCCUGACAGAGCUCCAUCUAGCAAACAAUCGACUCUUGUUCGUCUCUCCAACCAGUCUCAGUCAACUCACCAUGCUACGGUCCUUGUAUCUCGAUGGCAACGCCCUGACGUCAUUGUCUGGUGGAGUAUUUCUCAAUCUAGCUAAGCUAAUCCAGCUUUCCAUUACCAACAACCAACUGUCCGUCUUACAUCCCGAUUACUUCAUCGGUCUGGAUUCGCUGGAACGACUGUAUCUCGCUGGGAAUCGACUGUUUUACGUCCACUCGGAAAUGUUUCGGCAUAUACCUAGACUUAUCCGGGUAGACCUCUCUCAAAAUGAACUCGAUGUUUAUGAUACAACGAAUUGCAGCCGUCAUACAAGUUUGCAGAAGGUCCUUUUGGCUCACAAUUUACUUCGUGACAUCAGCAACCUACUUGGUCAUUGCACGAGCUUAACAAGAUUAGACGUGAGUUUCAAUCAGAUACAGAUGGUUCCGGUUAACUCCACUGGAGCGCUAUCUAGACUAGAGCUUGAAGGCAACCCUCUUCAGUGUGACUGCCGGUUGACGGGUCUACGCGACUGGCUUCUCAAUAAUCCCCCGUCUACUCUCCCUCGAUGUCAAGGUCCACCGAAGAACUCCGGAACAGUGGUUACAGACUUGGACAUACAUGACUUCUCGUGCCACCCUCCAAAGGCUGUGAUUGACAAGAACAAUCUUACCGUGACAAACGGUCAGACAGCAACUCUAUCAUGCACGGCAACCGGUAUACCCGCCCCUAACAUAACAUGGCUAGACCCCAAGGGCACGAUAAUAUCCGACGAAGGACAGGACAGAUUUGUUAUUUCCUCAGACACGACUGUCUUCAUUGUUUCAGUCGAGAGGUCCGAUCAAGGAAUGUACACGUGUUUGGUCCAAAAUACCUUGGGCGAGAUGGACACAGCUGAGAUCAUCCUCACUGUUACUGAACCGAAGUCAACCGGGAUAGCAGGUACUCUGGUUACUGCCGUUGUUAUCACCAUGUUUGUCACCCUUGUUGUCACACUCAGUGUCAUCACCUUGGUCAUCUAUCUCUGUAGGCUUUGCGACAAGAAAGCUCAGCCUGCCCGCCCCGCAGCUUCGGGGGACGCAUCAGUCGCUUUCCAUAAUCGCGAGGCUGCCGAAACCGACCGAGCCUACGUCAACGAAACUGUCGAAGUAGAUCACGAUGUUCUGUCCGAUCACGAGCAAGACGUGGUAGAUGGAUACGAUACGGCCUUAGAUACUGAAAAUCCUAUGGAAUACGCUGAAGCUUACGAAGCAGUGACCGUGGGAGCUAUGGCAUGGUGAGUUGAAUAGCGAGACCAAAACAGAAACUUAUCGUAUUAAAUAAAUUUCAUUUCAAUCCAAGGACUUCAGAUCAUGGGGAUCAGUCUGUACCAAUAGACGUCCGUAGCAAAAAAUGAUACCGGCUUUUGUUGAAGUGUGAGUUUAUGGUGCUCAGUUGGCUGUGCCUCCGCAUAGAAAAAUAGGAAAGUGCACUUGUAAACAAAAUGUGAAGUAAUUGGUACAGAGGCCUAUUUGAAUGAGGGAGUAGGAGUCAUGAUUGCGACAGUUUCUCGAACUUUUUCGUCGCCCGAGAUUUUGCAAGGCGAAGGCAGAGACGAGGAGACAGAUUCAAAUCAUCUAACGCCAUGGAUACUUUUUAUAAUGGUCCGUUGUCAUUUUCAAUCCAUUGGGGUUAUGGUACGGUAAGAUUUAUAACAGUUACAUUCAUCGAAGAGAAUAAAUCAGCAUCGUAUAGAGGAAUUGUAGGGUGCGGAGAAAGAAAAGUUAUUUUAGUUUUGCAAAGUAGAAAACAUAAACUCUUUUGUUAGAUAGACAAACGCUUUUCAAGUUGUAAAAGUGUACUUUCCGGCAUAUUUCUUCCUUCACCUAAGCUGUAAUGUAAAGUUGUGAUAAAUUGUAAUGUAAAGAAUUAUG